AUGUCAGCGGAUGCGACCUCUGUCAAUGGAGCCGCCAUGGCUCUGUUGCAAAGUUUGCAGCCAGAAAACCGCCAUGUCUUCUUGCAGCCAACGACGGAACUGCCCACCGAAUCGCUCAACCUAGUGCGAGAGACAUUAGAAGCCUUCGCCGCGCAGGUCGGCGAUGAGCAGCAGCGCCGGCUAAAAGAAUCGAGAAAACGAAAGCGUGGCGGUGAGAAGGAAGAUGUUUUGAAGUUACGAAAAAUUUAUGUCGACGGCUUCCAGACGAACCAGGUCUGGCAGCAGGCCAAGAAGUUGAUUGGCGGCGUCUUGCAAUUUUCCGAGACGCUUUUGGACGAAAUGGAGGAGAAAAACGAGAUCGCUCUUAUCGAUGGUGAUAUCACUGGAGAAGCCUCGGCAUCAGAUGAAGACGAGGAGGAUGUGAGCAAUCUGGACAUCGAGCCAGCCGAAGAGAACGAAGAGGCUGAGGAUUUCGGCUCUGAUGAAGAGGAUGAAGAGAUUGAAGACCCAGAGGAUGCCGAAAUUAUCGGCCAGGUCUCUGAUAUGAACGAGGAGGAGCUCGGCGAAGAUUUGGCGGAGGAAGAGUUGGAGGAUGCUGGAGAAGGUGAAGCAGAUGAGGAGGAGGGUUACAAGUCCUUCGAAGAAGACCCUGACGGUCUCAACGACGGCUUCUUCACGCUCGACGACUUCAACAAGCAGACGCAAUGGUUCGAAGAGCAAGAUACCCGCGGCGAUCCGAACACAGACAUGGCCAGCGACGAUGAAGAGAUAGACUGGACCGCGGACCCCAAUGCACCGGCCCAAAAGUCCAAGGCCUCACAAAGCAAACGGUCGAAGAAGGGUGUAAACGACGACGACAUGGCUGACGAAGGUGACGAAGAUGACGACGAGGACGAUGACGAUGGCCCUACAUUUGGUGACAUGGCUUUAGAUGCCCCAGAGGGCGAGAGCGACGACGAAGCCGCGGCGUUUGAAGAUGGCUUCGAAGACGUCGAGAACAAUGCCAACGACGUUUUCUACAAGGACUUCUUCGCGCCGCCACCGCGCAAAAGAGAUACGAAUAAACCGAGAAAGUCGGCUCCCAGGGCUCAAGAGCCCACGAAACAAGACAUGGAACGAGCCAUGGCCGAUGUUCGCCGAGACCUGUUUGACGACGAAUCCGAAAUGGAGGAUUCUGAGGAUGCCCUCUCGGAUGCCUCCGCCGGCGACCCCAAGUCUCGACGGUCAGCGCACGAACGCCGACAAGCCAAGCUAGCCGAAGAGAUUCGUAAGCUCGAAGCCGCCUCCGUGGCCAAGCGCGAAUGGACUUUGUCUGGCGAAGCUAACGCUGUGGAGCGCCCAACCAACUCUCUCCUGGAGCAAGACCUCGAUUUUGAAUACAUCGGCAAGCCGGUGCCCGUCAUCACACCCGAGGUCAGCGAGAGCAUAGACGAGCUCAUUAAGCGCCGCAUCCUCUCACAAGAAUUCGAUGAAGUCCUCAAGCGCCGCCCUGAAACCGAGGCUCUGCCCGCAGGGACGCGCCGCGGUCUUUUCGACGUCAAGGACAGCAAGUCGGACAAGAGCCUCGCUCAAAUCUACGAAGAAGAGCACGUCAAAAAUGCGGACCCCGACAGCUACGUAAGCCAAUCCGACGAGAAGCUGCAGCGCGAAGAAAAGGAGGUGGAAAACCUGUGGAAGGAGGUCUCCGCCAAGCUCGACGCCCUCAGCAGCUGGCACUACAAGCCAAAACCGACGGCGGCCUCACUCUCCGUUGUGGCCGACGUGGCCACCAUCGCCAUGGAGGAUGCGCAACCAGCGACGGCGCAGGCCGUGGCCGGCGAGAGCAGCCGUAUGGCGCCGCAGGAGGUCUACAAAGCCGGCGCCAACACGGCGGCCAAGGGCGAGGUGGUGUCCAAGAGCGGCCUACCAGUGGCUCGGCAGGAAAUGUCGCGCGAGGACAAGGCGCGCCGCCGUCGCCAGCACAAGGAGCGCGUGCGCAAGGCCGGCAACGGCGGCGCCGGCAGCUCGCGCGCAGCCACGAGCAAAAAAGCCCAGACCAUUGCCGACCUCAAAAAGGGCGGCGUCAAAGUCAUCAACCGCAAGGGCGAGAUCACCGACGUCGACGGCAACAAGAUCAAGGCGACCAAGGCCAUUUCCAGCGGCAGCUUCAAGCUGUAA